AAUUGGCAUACCCAGAGGCAUUCGACAUCAGUUACCUCAGCGGCUUCCAUCAAGUAACUUCGCCAUCUACGUUUUAACUUAUUACAGUUAAUACUUCCGACAUACCAUGGAUUUUGACGAUUUCAUAAAUGACGAACUUACAAUCUCUAAUUUUGAUUUUCAAUCGGUGUGGAGUGACUAUUUUCCAUCAUCAGACUUUCAAGAUUUCGCAUUUUCACCAGAAAGUAUACUAUCAGAAGAAUCAAUUUCUUCUCCAUCCUCCAGUUCUGAUGAAGUCCAGUUUUCUGAACAACCCUCGGGAAAAAUUGUGAAAGUGGAUGAAGAUGGAGUAGAAGCAGAAGCUAGUGAAAUCCCAAACAGAAGAUUGCGAACUACAUUUACCGACGAACAACUUCUUCAUCUGGAGGAGUUAUUUGAGAAGGACAAAUAUUUAUGUCGCCCGAAAAGAAUUUUAACUGCAAAGAAAUUAAAACUUAGAGAAAGACAGGUUAAAGUAUGGUUUCAAAAUCGUCGGAUGAAAGACAAAAAACCAUCCAAGAAAGUCGGAGACGGCAGCAAGGGUAAAAACAACUCGUGUUCCGAUAAUGAGGGCAUAAAAAAAAUAAUAAAUCCGUUGAUCGCCGAAGAAGAUGCACAAUAUAGAAGAACAAAUGGAUCAGCUGGGUAUGAUUCAACUGUAUAUCAUCAUCAUCAUCAUCAUCAUCGUCUGCCACAAAAUGCCGAGUUGGAACCCAAAAUAUACGAUAGUUAUUAUCCUAAUGCCGGCAGCUGUCAAACAUACAUCGGGAGUCAACAAAACGGGAAUAUGGGCUACACUGAGAACUAUGGUUAUGGUAACUUUCAUACCAACGGAUACAAUAAUAAUUAUUACCCUUGCCCUAUCACCAGAGAAGUCAAUAAUAUCCACAAUAAUUAUGAAUAUUAUUCACAACCUGAUGAUAAAUACGUACAGUACAACGACUAUGAUAACUACUAUACGACGACUGAAGUCACUGAAAGUGACUUGAACUUUUACCAAGCCGAUGGGAGUCAGACUUCAGAACAAGAUUGGAAUUCUUCUACAAAAUCUGAUCUAUCAUAUGAUUUAAGCGACGUUAUUACGGAAUUUAAUUAUUAAUGCUUUCGCCUGACAAUUAACUUAUAAAAACUAUUUAUCAAUUAUGCACUCCAAGAUUAAGUGUGUGGUAAAUAUUAGCACAUUUGCAAUAUACUGUUUAAAUGCUAUAAACUAUAAAAAACUAUAAUUUUACUUCUGGUUUCAAAAUUCGAACACAUUCAACGUAUGUUAAACUAAUACGUUCGUAACAAACUUGGCUUCAAAGUGUACACGGAAGAAAAAAACUUUAAAAAUUAGUGUUUAAAAUUAUAACCCGGAACCCGGUUGUCAAUAUGGGGAAUUUUAACAUUCAAAUAGUAAAGUUUAUAAUACGUGUCGUCUAUUUUCUAAGUAUCAGUUACGAUUUUUAAAGUUCAAAUAGUAAUUUUUUAUACAUAGACAAUAAAUCUUCAUACUUAUCCUGUAAUUAUUCACGUUUGAAUCAUAAACGAAAAAAUUACUAUUUUAAAUGAUGGUAUUUACUGAUCACUUUAUCAUUAUAUUACUUGUCAUUCUCAAUUUAUAUAGUUCAUUUUUUUCCGUGUAUUCAAAUUUUUCAAUUCUUUUAAAAAUUAGUUCUAGUCAUAUGAAUUAUUAUUGGAUCUGAAAACUCAUAUUGUUAGAAAAAAAAAUACGAAAUAUUUGUCAUAAAUGUUGCAAAAAUUCUAAUUUAUUAUGUCGCUAUUGUUGUAAAUAUCGUUCUAAAUUAUUUUUAUUUUUAAAUCAAUUGUAAGGAGAUGUUGAGCAUUCCUGAUGAUUCAACUUAUUGAUACUGCCAUAUUAAUUUAUUAUAAUCGAUUACAAGCUAUUGAUAAAUUACCCUAAUUUAUUGAAUGUUUAUAAUUAUCUAAGCGUUUUUAUAUAAAUUUUUUUUUUUCCCGGCUAUAUAUCGAACCGAAUAUAUGCAUUGUAAUAAUAAUAUCUAGGCAAAAAUUAGUAAUAAUAUUUAUUUAUUUAAGUUUU